AUGGCGGACCGACCACCCUCCCCAACACCCGAGGAGCGGAAGAAGCUCGACGCGGAAGCAAAAGUCAAAGAGCUGGAAGAGCAGAGCAAACUACCGUACAAAUGGACCCAACAGAUCGGAGACCUCGACCUCACAGCACCCAUCCCGGGUAACAUGAAGGGCAGAGACCUGGAUGUCAAGAUCACGAAGACCACACUCAAAGCCGGCAUCAAGGGCCAGGAGCCCAUCAUAGACGGCACCCUCCCUCACCCCAUCCAACCCGACGAAUCUACCUGGACCCUCGAGACCCUCUCCUCCGGCGGUAAAGAACUCAACAUCCACCUCGACAAAGCCAACAAAAUGGAAUGGUGGCCGCACGUCGUCACCUCUGCGCCCAAGAUCGACACGUCCAAGAUCCAGCCCGAGAACAGCAAGCUCUCCGAUCUGGACGGCGAGACGAGAGGGAUGGUGGAGAAGAUGAUGUAUGACCAGCGGCAGAAGGAGAUGGGGAAGCCGUCGAGCGACGAGGAGAAGAAGAUGGAGAUGUUGAAGAAGUUCCAGGCGCAGCAUCCGGAGAUGGAUUUCUCGAAGGCUACGAUGGGGUGA